AGGAAGGGGGCGAGCGGCGCGAGCUGGCGCCGAAAUGGGAGAAAGGAGCGAGUGAGAGGGGAGGGGGCGCGGAGCGAGCGGCGAGGAGCCGAGCGGCCCCUCGGCUGGGGCGCCCUCCGCAGGCGCACAUGGCAGCCCCUGCGCGGUGAUCCCCGAGUAGCGAGUAGAGCGCAGCUUGCACGAGUCCCGGGCCGAUGUCCCAGGUGAGUGGCCAGCGCCCCCCUCACUGCGACGCGCCCCAUGGAGCCCCCAGCGCAGCGCCGGGCCCAGCCCAGACCCCAUCCCUCCUGCCUGGGCUGGAGGUAGUAACCGGAUCCACUCACCCUGUGGAGGCAGCGCUAGAGGAGGGCUCUCUGGAGGAAGCGGCAUCCCCCAUGCCCCAGGGCAAUGGCCCUGGGGCCCCUCAGCCCCUGGACAGUACUGACCUCGAUGUCCCCACAGACGCUGUGACAUGCCAGCCUCAGGGGAACCCCUUGAGCUGCACCCCACUAGUGGCGAAUGGCUCAGGCCACCCCUCAGAGCUGGGCAGCGCCAGGCGAGCGGGGAAUGGUGCCCUGGGUGGCCCCAAGGCCCACCGGAAGUUGCAGACGCACCCAUCUCUCGCCAGCCAGGGCAGCAAGAAGAGCAAGGGCAGCACCAAAUCUACUGCCUCCCAGAUACCCCUCCAGGCACAGGAAGACUGUUGCGUCCACUGCAUCCUGUCCUGCCUGUUCUGCGAGUUCCUGACCCUGUGCAACAUCGUCCUCGACUGCGCCACGUGCGGCUCCUGCAGCUCCGAGGACUCGUGUCUCGGCUGCUGCUGCUGCUGUGGCUCGGGCGAGUGCGCCGACUGCGACCUGCCCUGCGACCUGGACUGCGGCAUCGUGGACGCCUGCUGCGAGUCGGCCGACUGCCUGGAGAUCUGCAUGGAGUGCUGCGGGCUCUGCUUCUCCUCCUGACCGCCGCCGCCCCGCCCACCGCGCGCCGCCCC